ACGCGCUGGCUAGCGGCACAGCACAGAAACCUUUGCCAACGAGCCCCAAAUAUCCCCGGAUAAAAUAGGCAAAAACUUUCCACGAUUUUUCCUCAAGAAAAAAAAGGGGCCGCUGAACUGACAAAAACUAAUAAAAUAUUAUUUCCUUCCGCUCACCACCCCACCGCAUCUCGGACGAGCUUCACCACCCCGCUCGCUCCUCACUCCCACCCUCGAGCGGCUGCGGCUCCGCUCAGCUCCACUGGCGGCGAGAUGCGGAGACAGAUCCCUCCCGUCUCCCGCCUCGUAUACCUCGCGGUGGCUAUCGCGCUGCUCGCCGCCUCCACGGCGGAGGCGGCGUCGCGGCGGCCGGGGCCCGUCGCGGUCAACGUGACGGGCGUGCUCUCGGCGUUCCCGGAACUCGCCGACUUCACGCGGCUGCUGGCGUCCAGCCCCGUGCUGGCCGAGCUCGCGGGGCGGUCGUCGCUGACGCUGCUCGCCGUGCCCAACGGCAAACUCCCGCAGUCGCCGUCGGCGUACGCGGCCGCGUCGGGCGCCGACCUCGCCGAUGUGCUCCGGUACCACGUCCUCCUCGAGUACCUCGCCCCCGCCGAUCUCCGCCGGCUUCCGGCCUCCGGAAAGCUCGUCACAACGCUGUUCCAGACCACCGGCCGCGCCCCGGCCGACCUCGGCGCCGUCAACGUCACCACCGCGGGCGCCACGCUCGCGGUCGUCCGGUCCCCGGCGCCGUUCCCGGGGUCGAACGCCACCGUGCUGGGCGCCGUCACCGCGGUGCCGUACAACCUGAGCGUGCUCGCGGUGGACGGCCUCAUCGCGCCCUCCGGGUUCGACCUCGCGGCGUCCGAGACCCGCCCGCCCGUGGCCGUGAACAUCACCCGCAUCCUCGCCGACGCGCGCGCCUUCAACGUCGCCGCGUCCAUGCUGGAGGCGUCCGGCGUGGCGGGCGAGUUCGAGGCCGACGAGCGCGGCGCCGGGAUCACGGUGUUCGCCCCCACCGACGACGCCUUCGCGGGGCUCCCCGCUGGCGACCGCCUCCAGUCCCUCCCCGCCGAGCGCAAGGCCGUGGUGCUCCGCUUCCACGUGCUCCACUCCUACUACCCGCUGGGGUCCCUGGAGUCGAUCGUGAACCCCGUCCAGCCCACGCUCGCCACCGAGUUCAGCAACGCCGGCCGCUUCACCCUCAACAUCACCCGCGCCAACGGCUCCGUCGCCAUCGACACCGGCGUCGUGCAGGCGACCAUCACGCGGACCGUCUUCGACCAGAACCCCGUCGCCGUCUUCGCCGUCUCCAAGGUGCUCCUCCCCAAGGAGAUGUUCACCCGCACCGAGGCCCCCGGCGGCUCCGACUCCUCCUCCGUCAUCGCCGCCACGGCCGCCGCGUCCUCGCCCCCGCCGGCCGCGACAGCCCCAGAGGCCGCCGAGAGCGCGCGGACGCCGCCGACGAAGCUCUCCUCCCCGCCCGCGCUCCGGGGCGGCGGGCAGGACUACGACACGGCGUCGGCGCCGGUGCGGGCAACCGGGUGGCGGUGUAUAGCAUUGGUGUACCUACUCCUUCUCCCGCUACGCCUGUUGCUACCUGAGACGGGCACCACCCUCUCUCUCGCUCGGCUGACGGCUGCCGUGGUGCUGGACCUCCCUACCGCGCUGGCAUCUGGACGAGACGAUCCCUACAUACCCUCACCGCCGGGGACAUCCACGGUGAGACAAGAGCCCGGCCACAUGGGGGGCCUCCUCGCCUACGACAACGAGAGGCGAGUUUCACACGCGGCGGGAAAGCUCGCGGUGACUCGAGUUUGAGCCGAGUCCAGUGCGGCCGAUGUCCAUGCUAUGUUAACAUCAGCGGGCGAGGGGCACAUGGAAUGGAAGCUUUCCUGAUGAACGAGGUGUUUCCUGGCGGCUCGUCGCCGGCGCGGCCGCGGGGUGAGCUGGGCAGGGCAUGGGGUCCAUUCCGCCGGGAAGCAAAUCCGUCUGGAGCCUUGCCGAUAGGGAGGGCGGCUCGUGGAGGCACUGGAAGGAGCUGUGCGUUGGACCCGUGUUUUGUCGGUCGCGGCGUGCGCCAGCUCGAACGCACAUCCGCCCACGGACACGGACAUGUUCCUCCGGCGAUGCGGCCGCUGAUUCGUUUGUCUUUCCCGUGCUAACAAAGAAAAAUCGGUCGAUCUG